UUAGGGUGGAUGUUUUAAUAGCGAAAAUUGAUUAAACAACGAAAAGGUUAUUACAAUCGUGCCGUGUGAGUGUUCUGAACGAAGUUCCUACAACCAAACGAAGCCGACCGGGGCAACCGGGAUCCACACAAGAUGGGCUUUAACUGUACGCUGUGUGGGCUCGGUCCACGGAUGACCGUGUUCGUAAUAGGGACCAUUACGCUGGUAUUCUCGGUGCUAAUGGCAGGAUUAGCAACGACUGCAAUAGUGACGUACAACUGCGAAAUCGACAUGACGCAGUCCAAAGAAACAUACGGCCUAUACCUAUACUACUUCCGAUCGAAAGAGUGUGGCCCGAUCAAUCUCCGGUACUUGGGGAUUAAUAUAAACCAAACGAUAAACUUGGGCGAACCAGACGUUACUUCAGCGGUGGAACGGACCUACGUGUUUGCCAUUGUCGCGGCGGCUCUGCACGGUGCCCUCGCUGUAACGACCGUUUUACUAUUUGGCACAAUGUGUGUCUCGUGUUUGGGACGAGGCUGUGUGGUGAUGGGAUUUUAUCCCUGGAUUCUGGCCAUGUUUCUCGUGCUGGCGCUCGAUGUCGUCGGCUUUGUGGUGUAUUUGAUCGAUUUCAUCAACGUCAUGGAUGUGGAAGGCGUAAUUGAGCUUCUAGAAUUUAACAAUACACCCCUAGUACGCGCAGCACUUGAAAGUAUAGACGACAUCUACCUGGUAGCACCAUCGCUCUUCAUGUGGCUCGCGUUCAGCAAGGGGGUGCUGUUUUGGUUUAUGUUUGUAAUCUUCCUGGCGGUGGUCCUAAGCCUCGCGAUGCAACUAUGGAAGGAAAAUAAACCGGCACCGGCAUACAGCAGCCAGACGAUGCAGCCACGUCAGGUGCUGCAUGCGACGAGUCCACCAGAAGAUCAUGGAGAACCUCAUCCGAACGCCUCGCGCUAUUUCGACCAAGCACCACAACAACAGAUGCAACCAUUCCCGAACGCCCCACCGCACCAGCAGCACCAGCAAAGGAUCUAUCCGGCCAUACCCCCACCGCAUCAACUACACCUACCCCACUCCGAGGCAAACGUGCGGCGUACGGUCGAGCCGUUGAACGAUGCCCGAGAUGAUGGCGAGCGAGAAGCCAGUCCACCGUAUCAGCCUCCGAGUGACCAGUUGGAUCCCCCGAACGCCGUCCCACUACACGUGAAGCAAAAGGUGGAUCCAUACACCGACAAGCGCUUCUCGUAUCUGCCCGGCCAACCGGCACCAUUCUCCUACCUUGCCGGUCCUCCACCCGGAAACAGCCCGCGGAGCUCAGUGAACGCACCACCGGAAGUGCGCAACCAGCUACCGUGGUCAUACUUCCCCGCUGCCGACGAGAUGAAGAAUGCCAACAAGCGACUAACGUCCACCUUGACGGAGGAGAAGGAGUUCGGUGCCGAGGAAAAGCAUUCACUGACGACGGGCAAGAUGUCCGGAUUCCCGGACGAUCGGUCCAGUGUCACCACGGACGAAGGAAAAUGGAGCGGCCCGGAGUAUAAAUACUAGUCAAACUAGUGAGCGACCACUCACAAAAAACCAACAGAGGCUUGUGUUGUAAAUAGUACUUAAUUUUAUCAUUUCCUUCCACUCUCGACGACACUCGGGUGCACGACAGACCGGAGCUGAAUCGCACUGCACCGAAGAAGCGCAUACAAAGUUUUUUAAUAUUAUUGCAAAUAUAUAUACGUCCUGUGAAUGUAUGCUUCGUGCUGAAUCAUUCCAGUAUUCCGGAAGCCUACAAGAGCACGAAAAUGUAUGGGUGUUGUGUGAAGUGAAACUUAUCGAAACAAAAAUAAAAAAAAAUAACCCGUAAACAUCGAAAGUAUCG